UGUGAACAUUAACCAGGCUGUGGCAGCCUGCUUGUGCCUGCAGCCUUGUCACAGGCCUCAGUGACACAGCAGCAUGGCCACGGCAAACGACAGGGCUGUCCUGCAGACCAUCUUUAACCCCAGCACCCCUUUUGGGGAUAUCCCAGGGUUGGAUGAGGAGGAGGAGGAUGUCCAGGAUGAAGUGGAAGCUUUUCCAUUGGAGCUGCUGGAUCAAGUCCGGGAGCUGGAGCUGCAGGGGGUUUCUGCGGCCGAGUCAGGAGACGUAAGCACGGCCCUGGAGCGGUUCAGUGAGGCCAUUCGCCUGCUGCCCGAGCGUGCCUCGGGCUACAAUAACCGGGCCCAGGCCCUCCGCCUGCGCGGGGACGUGGCAGGUGCCCUGCAGGACCUGGACGCUGCCAUACGCCUGAGCCGCGGCUGCGGCCGUGCCGCCUGCCAGAGCUUCGUGCAGCGCGGCCUCAUCCACCGCCUGCAGGCGCGGGACGAGGACGCCCGGCGGGACUUCGAGCGCGCAGCGCGCUUGGGCAGCGCCUUCGCCCGACAGCAGCUCGUGCUUCUCAACCCCUACUCUGCGCUCUGCAACCAGAUGCUCUGCGAGAUGCUCGGUCAGCUGCGCAACCCCGAUGGCGCUGGAAGCGACUGAGACGGGCAGGAGACGGGCCAGGCAGCGGGUGGGCUGGGGAGAGCCGUACUCCUGAGCUGGCCCAGGCAGACGUGUCCUGGCGGCCAAAAAAGGUCCAGCUCAGGUGCCAGAGCUCCUGCUCCUCCUCCUGGCUAACAGCCAGGGACUGGAAAGUACCAAAGCACCUUGCUGUGUUUGUCUCGUUCCGCUCCACCCCGAAUAAACCUCCCUCUGUUCCCAGCA